GUACUACUCCUGUCAGACGGCUUGUCAUGUGGCUACCUCCCUCAGCUGACUCCAGAAGCGAAGCCCGUGAGGACGCCCUCCUCACUCCCUCUCUCACUGCCUGGCUCUUCGCCCUCCGUUUCCAGGGAAGAUGUCGUCUCUUUGGCUCCUGCUGCUGCUGGUGAUCUUCCCGCCGCCCUGCUCCGGGUGGCCCGUGCCCUACAGGCGUUUUGAUUACCGCCCUAAAACAGAUCCUUACUGUCAAGCCCAAUAUACUUUCUGCCCAACUGGAUUCCCCAUCCCACUGAUGAGCGACAAGGAUGUCUUGGAAGUUUAUCGAUUGCAGGCCCCUGUUUGGGAGUUCAAAGUGGGAGACCUCUUUGGACGUAUGAAAAUCAUGCACGAUGCUGUCGGUUUCAGGAGCACUUUAUUGGGGAAGAACUACACGAUGGAGUGGUAUGAGCUCUUCCAGCUGGGAAACUGUACAUUUCCGCAUCUGCGGGCUAAUCUGUCUGCACCUUUUUGGUGCAACCAAGGAGCUGCCUGCUUCUAUGAAGGAAUAGAUGAUGCCCACUGGAAAGAGAAUGGGACCAUGGUCCAGGUGACCACAAUCUCAGGAGCUGUGUUUAAUGAAAUGGCGAAGUGGGUGAAAUAUGACAAUGAUACUGGCAUUUACUAUGAGACGUGGGCCGUCAAAGAUAGUCCAGAAAGGAAUGCCAGAGUUUGGUUUGAGUCAUACGAAUGCUCCAAGUUUGUACUGCGGACAUAUCAAAAACUGGCUGAACUUGGAGCUAUUUUCAAGAAGAUACAAACUAACUAUACCACCGUCACUCUCUUCAGUGGAGAGCCCACUUAUUUGGGAAAUGAAACAACUAUAUUUGGACCACAUGGAAACAAAACAGUAGCUGUUGCAAUCAGAAACUUCUACUCUCCAUUCAAACCUUUUCGGUCAGUCAAAGAGUUCUUCGUAAACCUCUUGAGAAUAGUUGAUGAGGUGGUCCUAGGUCACCAGUUUUACCUCUUUUACAACCUUGAAUAUUGGUUUUUGCCCAUGAAGUAUCCUUACAUGAGAAUAGCAUAUGAAGAAAUCCCAUUGCCCAAUUCAAAUGCCACAAAGUUUGGCAUGUAAUUAAGCCUUCAAGUUCUAAAACAAUACCUCCAUUUGUUGAGGACAGGCCAUGGCAUUCUUUCAGAGUGAAGUGGAAAGGAGCAAGUGAUGGUAAACACCUGGAUUUUUAUCAGUAUUAGAAGUCCCCUGACAAGUUGAAGAUGUCUGAACCAAGCUAUUUUCUCUACAUUGAAUCAGAAUGUGAGACUUUAUUUUUUUUUUACAGAUCUGUACUUGUUUUUCUAUAUAUUAUUAUAGUUUAAUGAACUCCCUGGCAUAAUUUCUUGAUGGAUGAUAUAUAAAUAUUUAAGUUUAGACAAUGAAAGCAUCAUUCAUCAAAGCUGGUAUAUCUUGAGUAAAAACAGUCACUUUCAAAUGAUGGCUCAUCAAACAAUGAGCAGUGACAAUGAAGUACCUCAUGGGUGGACAAAAUGUGGCCCAUAACGUUGUUCCUUUUGCGGCUGUUGGCUACGCGAGAUUUCCAGAACUGUUCUCUUUCUGGCCAAAGAUUGAGUGAAUUUCUUCUCGAAGAAUCCUACAAGAGCCACAAUUCACAUUUUAAAUUAAUUGCAGACCCUUUCCCAUUUUUUUUUCAAAGCCAACAAUACUGACCCAUUUUGGGUUUUGGUUGAGUUUUUUCUGGGAUUGUGUAGCACUCAGAAGGUUCUGGAUACAGAAAACUUGCCACAGCAACCACCAAAAUGUAAAUUAAAGAACUGAGCAAGUUUUGUCUGUGUAGAGGACUCAAAUAUGCUUUAUUGAUAGAAUUUGGGGACCACAACUAUUACCAUUUACAAGUUGUGUGGCAGUAUCAGGAAUCUGUAUCUGGAAUACCAAGCACAGUGGAUGUGAGCCUUCUCACAGAGAUGCUCUGCUCUUGAUGCAGCUGGUAUACCAUGCAUACGUUGCCUCUGUCUUACCUGAAAGUGACUGGGAAACAAAACAAACCAAUUGCUGUUAAAUACAGUGAGAUGCGCAAUGUAGGUUGGAGCAUCAUAUCCACCUCAUGUUUCUAACUUCCCAGUUGAAAAAAAAAACAUGUAUAUUGUCUAAGAUUGCGGAAGAGAUACCAAUCCUCAAGAGAAGUGUAGUCUUUGGUUGAUUAUGUCAACUUAGGUUGGUUCUCAGGUUGUUGAUCAUGUGAACUGGCCUUUACAGUCGAAAUUGUUAUUGCCAUAGGAUCACUCUGAUCACAAGUGAAUCAUGUGGCAGCAUCCGUGCCAAUCUGCCAUAAGCCUGGGAGGUAAUUACUGGAGGCACCCAGAAGCAUCGAAUUAUUAGGCCUCUGCAACUUUUGAUUUGGAAAAAAAAUACUCUGUUAACUUCCAACUGUUUUGGUGGGGUUUUUUUGUUUUGUUUUUUUGCUGUUGCCUGAAUUGUUUUUCAAGCUUUGAAUCAAUACUUUUGCCUCUACAGUGUUAUCUUUUGUGCCAUAAACCUGAAAAUAAAAGUCAAAUAUUUUUGUUUUUAAGAACAGAUAUCUUGUGUGUUUUAUGAAAUCUCUUAUAAUUUAUCCAGAUUUAUUUUUUCUUAUAAAAAAACAUUCAUAUUUACGUGUAAUUCCCACAUCCCCUUAUUGCAUUGAUAAGUCUUUCAGGAGAGUAGUUCACCCUACAGGAUUCUCUGCGCUGAACAUUUCAUGUAAUGACUUCUGGGGUUAAUUUCCUUUGCACUCUGUUACCACAAACAAUAUUACAGUGUUUAUUUGACACUGUGAUGCCUCAUGGGCCUUGUAGUCCUGUUCCUAGUACUAUUGUGGCAGAUGAAGAUGAAAACAUGGGGUUUUCGCCGGUUCAACAAGAGCUGGAGUCUCUUCACCUGCCGGAUGUUGACGUUUGCCCUCAAGAAUUCAGUAAACCAGGCCUUGGGCAGUACUCCCCUCCGUUUCCCAGGAAGGAAUCUUAUUCUAAAGACAGAGGAGUCAGAGAAGCUAAUCGGAGAAGUCUAAGAAUCGCUGCCAAACAAAUGACUGAUUAGGUCUGCUUCCCUUGGGAAAUUCUAAGGAGUCUUGCAUCUGGACAGAGUUGGGUUUCGCUUCUCGUUCUCUAGGGAAAGAUUGUUGGCGGGAAAACGAGACCCAAUAUAGGGGUUUGGCGCGAGAAAUUCCUUGCGGAGUCUAUUGAUCAGCUUCAGGAGAGAGAUCGUGUGUGGACUUCGUAACCCCAGUUCCUUGCUUCCCGGAUCGAGUUUCAAGCCUUGCCUUGUCUUGCUGUUUAACCACGGACCCAGCUCCAUGCUUCACGUUUUGCCUUGUCUCCAGUCACGGACCUAGCCAAGAACCAAGUUUAUUUCCAGCCUUGUUGUCAAGUUUCAUUGGACCUUAAAGACUCUGACAUUUCCCCACACUAUUGCUUGGCAAGAGUGUGUGUUUUGGUCAAGUGGAUUAAAACUUUGAACUCUAAUAUCAUUUAUUGGACAAUACAUUUUUGGACUAUAUUUGACCUCUUUUGAAAGGUCUGUUUCUGAACUAUAUUCUUCACUUGUUUUUAUUGAUUUUAUAUAUUUCUUUAAUAAAGAUAUUAGAUAGAGA